CGUACACCCAAUUCUUCUGUGUCUUUCUUCAACUCUAUCAAGGGGGACGCACGUGCAGACCGAGAGAGUCGUACUUCUAUUAAGUUUAGAUUAAAAAUUCAACGAUUGAUGGCGCUGUUUUGGGAUGAAUGAUCAGUACCAAAAUGAGCGACGCUUUGACGACACGACCAGCUGUAACUGUAAUCUUAAUGCUCACUGCAUUGGGAUCUGUUACAACUGUAGUCUCCAAGGCUAAAGACUUGGAUGGAAAAUGGAUGGCGCCAUUGCAACAAUACGGCUGGGAUACAUCGGAGCUAAAGAACAAAAUCCAGCAUGGCGAUGUAACCACAUUUGAACUGGGCACACCCAACUAUCAGAUUCUCAAUCCAGAGGACGAACCAGAGUUCAUUACAGAGGAUCAACCGCAUUAUCGAGAGAUGCUCCGACGUCUCACGAGUGACGUCAAUGCCACCGAUACCAUUGACCUGGUCAUGCCCAGCGCCAGCUCCAGUGCGAGUGUGAGUGCCACAGCUGUCGAAGAUUCCCCUCCCAGACCCAUAUGGGAGAAGCUAAGAAAACGCAGCAAUUCUGAGGCAGAAAAGACGGAAGAACCUGAAAUGGAGGUGGAAACUGCGCCGCUUGAUAAGAGAAGCAUCCAUCCAAAGGUUCAGGUCUAUGCUGGAGCCAGACCCUUUCAGAAACGUGUUGCCAACUUAAGUUAAGAAUUCUUGUUUCUGUUAAAUUUUUAAUUCAAUUUUUUGAUUGAUACAU